AUGCAGAGACUAAAAAAUAAAAAAGUGCCUUUUAUCCUUCAAGGUAUAAAGUAUAUUAUGUUGUGCGCUGUAAUAAUCCAUACAGUUCAAGGAAAUUGCACCAUGGAAGAAUUAACAAUAAUUGUGACAAAUCCAUUUCUUAAAGUAAACACAAAAAAUACAGAAUUAUCUAAAACCUACUGUAUAAACCCAGAUAGUGCACUUAAUCUGGUGUUUGGAUAUAUUCACCAUAGACUUAAAUAUAUAUUUAAUAAGAGGUUUUACUCAUCCGAAAUAGAUAUUCACUAUAAAAUACUACAAAAAAGAUUAGAACAAAUACAGAAUUCCAUUAAAAGAGACAGUUAUAAAGAUACAGCAGAACAAAAAUUAAAUGAAACACCAUUAGAUGUGUAUUUAUACAAAUACAAUAGGGUAUUCAUAAAACUAUUUCCAUCACAUUAUAUGGGACUGUCCAUAAACUCGUCUGAUUAUAAUACAUUCACGUGGUUUCUUAAGCAUAGGAUGGUUUAUAAGAAAUCUUCUUAUAUUCUGGCAAUAUUACUGCUUUUAUCUGAAGGAUUAGACUUACCUGUCAUAUUUACUAAUAAUAAGAAUUCUACUGUGAUUUUAGAAGAAGUAAUUAUUAAUAAUAAAAUGUGCUUUAACAUAAACACAAUAAUUAUUUCUAAGAGCAUCCACUCGUACGAACAUAUUAGUUUGCAAUUAUAUGAGAAAGAAUUAAAAGAAAUAAUUGAAUUUUUUAUGAAGUAUAAGAACACUUACUAUACAAAUAAUAAAAACCUGUUUGGAGUAGGUUAUUAUGAUGAGUUUAAGAGUGGAAGUAUUCUUAACACGACAGUAUUCCUGAUACAGUCGUAUAUAUACAUGUUUUUAAAUACAGUAAAUGAUAUACAGAAAUUUAAUUAUUCUGUAUAUGAAAUAUUAUAUAAGUACAUUAAGCAUAACAAAGAAUGUGGUGGGAAUAUUAAAAACCUUCUAAUAGCACAGAGAAUAUUUAAUAGAUAUUUUAUUCCGAGGAAUAAAAAAAAUAAGAGAAAUUCAAUGGCAUACAUAGAUCGCAUUAAUAAGCUGAAUGCGAUUAUAGAGAAAUUUAAAGAAAAGGCGAUUAAAAGGAGAAUUACUACAGAGUUAAACAUACAAGAAGUGCAGAAUAGUAUAAAAAAGAGAAUUUCUAAAUUGGACAGUGAAAAUACAAGUAUAGAGAAUAUGAUAAAUAGAAUUCUAUUGGUAUUUAGUCUUUUAUCAUAUAACAGUAAGAAAGGAAAGUAUAAUCCUGAUAGUAUACACAACAUGCCAUAUGAAAUAUCUCAUUUCUUUGAUAUAUUAGGAUCACCAGCAUAUGCAUGUAACUAUAAUUUGUAUAAGAAGUGGCAGGAGUAUUUUUAUUCUGGGUAUAAUAAAAAGUAUCUUAGUAAGAAUAUAAAGAGUACAUAUAAUUACAAAGAUGAUUCAAAUUCGUAUAUAAAUAAAAUAUACAAUGAAUACAUAAAUAUAAAUGUGCAUGGACUAAUUCAAUCAAAAACGAUAAAAACACUUAUUGCUAAACAUAGUAAACUAUUAAGUACAUUAUCUGCUGUAAAAAAGAGUGUGUUUAGCUCGAUAAUUAACCAAUUCACGCCAAAAGAACUAAAAAAUUUCAGAUGUGUAGAUUUAUACAAGUCGCAUUGUUUAAUAGAAAGUAGUUUAAACCCGCGUAUAAAAACCCAUCCGAAUUUAUCCAUAAUAUUCAUGUCGUAUGAAGAUUUACUUAAUGACUUUGAUUCAGACACUUCUGCUGAAUGGAAUGGUAUAGUGAAUAAUUAUGAAAAUUCAAAAUAUCCACCAUCCCAAAAUAUUCUAUAUAUGAAAUUUCUACUAGAAAAUUACAUAACCAAAACUUUCUCAAAACCCACAGUAGCCCAAAAUGAAGUAGUAAAUAAUAUUCUGAAUAUUCUGAAUAUUCUUAAAAUAAGAGAAAAUAGUAGAGAUAAAAGCACAAAUUGCUUAUUAAUACAAGGAAAUAUUGAAAAUACUAAGUAUAAGAACUCUCUUUUGUUCUCAAUAUUAUUAUACAGUAUAUUCUCUAAAACAAAGACAGAUUCUAAACUAAAAAAGUUUUAUUCAAAUGUAGUGGGAAGUAUUUCAUUCCCAGAGAAUAAUUCUAAUAUUAAUUUAAAUGAGUAUUUAGAGAUAUUUCAAUUCAAAGAGAACAUAGAAUAUUUACCAAAUAUAAAUAUAGAAUAUUAUACUAAAUGCAAAUAUAUAAUAGAUUUAUACAGCACAUCCAUUAUAUACACAUACAUAGAUAAUAUUAAUACAAGCGCAGAAGCAAUAGUAAAUUAUAUAAUCAAAUGGCUAUCAUCAUAUAGAAAUAGUUCAGAUUAUAUUUUAGUAAUAGACAGACUAUCUGAUAAAAAUCUAUUUUUAAAAAUAACAGAAAAUAAUCCAGAAGAAAACAUAAGAAAAAUAACGGACAAGCUUAAAGAAAUCUCUCCUAAUAUUAAAUUUUACAUAGAAUUGUUAUGGCUAUGCAUUUCACUUGCAAAUAAUUCAGAUACAGUGAGCAUUCUAUACAAAUCCAUUAAUAUUAAUGACACUUUUGUAUUUUUGCGUAUAAAUAACAGAAUCAUAAAAAAUGAAUUUAUAAAGGUAAAGCCAUUAUUUAAAAAAAUGCUAAGAUCAGAAAAUACCGAAUAUGAUCUUAAUAAGCUUAAUAGUAUUAUAACAGUAUUAGAGAUUUAUUCUAUUUAA